UGCGCAGUGCGGUCGCAGCCGCUGAGGCUCAGGAGGAGUAGGGGGGCUAUGGCUGCCUCGGCGCCUGUGCAACAAGGCCUGAGGGAGGCGCUUAUGGAGGCGCUCACCGCCAUCCUGUCGCCCGUGCAGGAGGUGCGCGCCGCGGGCGAGGCGCAGAUUAAGGUGCUGGAGGUGACGGAAGAGUUCGGGGUUCAUCUCGCCGAGCUCACUGUCGACCCUCAUGGAGCGCUGGCCAUCCGCCAGCUGGCGUCUGUAGUGCUGAAGCAGUACGUGGAGACGCACUGGUCAUCGCACUCGGAGAAGUUCCGUCCACCCGAGGCUCCCGAGAGCGCCAAGGCGGCCAUCAGGCAGCUGCUGCCCGCGGGCCUGCGCGAGUCGCUGAGCAAGGUGCGCUCUACGGUGGCGUACGCCGUGUCGGCCAUCGCUCACUGGGACUGGCCGGACGCGUGGCCGCAGCUCUUCGGCCUCCUCAUGGAGAUGCUGACGGGCGGCGACGUGAGCGCCGUGCACGGGGCCAUGCGCGUCCUCACCGAGUUCACCAGGGAGGUGACGGACACACAGAUGCCACUGGUGGCCCCGGUGAUCCUGCCGGAGAUGUACCGCAUCUUCACCAUGGCAGAGGUUUACAGCAUACGCACGCGGGCGCGAGCCGUGGAGAUCUUCACGGUUUGCGCGAGCCUCAUCCACGCCAUCGACGAGGUGGAGAAGGGCGCCAGCAAGACGCUGCUCUUCCCCGUGCUGCAGCAGUUCCUGGAGGCGUUCAUCCAGGCCAUGCAGAUCCCCGACGGACCCUCGUCAGACAGCGGUCUUAAGAUGGAGGUCCUCAAGGCCGUCACAGCGCUGGUCAAGAGCUUCCCCAAGCAGAUGUCUCCCUCCAUGCAGCAAAUCCUGCCCAUCGUGUGGAACACGCUCACCCAAAGCGCCACCAUAUACGUCCGCACGGAGGUGAACUUCAUGGAGGAGGCGUCCGACCCCGUCGAUUCAGACGGCGAGGUGCUGGGCUUUGAGAACCUGGUGUUCAGCAUCUUUGAGUUUGUGCACGCGCUGCUGGAGGCGCCGCGGUUCCGCGGGACCCUGCGCAAGGCCCUGCCCGACCUCAUCUACUACCUCAUUCUCUACGCUCAGAUCACCGAGGAGCAGGUGAAGGUGUGGACGGCGAACCCGGAGCAGUUUGUGGAGGACGAGGACGACGACACGCUCUCCUACUCCGUGCGCAUCUCUGCUCAGGACAUGCUGCUGGCGAUCAUGGCGGAGUUUCAGGGCGACAGCGCAGCGGCGCUGGCGGCAGCGGCCACGCGGCACCUGCAGGAGGCGGAGCAGGCGCGGAACGCCGGCAGCUCCUACUGGUGGAAGCUGCACGAGGCGUGCAUGCUGGCCCUGGGCUCCGUGAAGGACGCCGUGAUUGACGCGGUCCGCAGCGGCAAGGUGCAGUUCGACAUGGACGGCUUCCUCACCAACGUGGUGCUCGCCGACCUCAGCUCGUCCGCCUCCCCGUUCCUGCUGGGCCGAGCGCUGUGGUCGGCGUCGCGCUUCGCCAGCCUCAUGACACCGGAGCUGGUGCAGCGCUUCCUCCAGGCGACCGUGAGCGGCCUGCACGACGCUCAGCCGCCCUCCGUGCGCAUCUCGGCGGUGCGCGCCGUCUGGGGCUACUGCGACCAGCUGAAGCAGGCGGGCAGCGUGCAGGUGCUCCGCCCGUUCCUGCCGGCGGUGGUGGAGGCGCUGGUGCAGCUGGCGACGCACUUCACGUCGGACGUGCUCACGCUGGUGAUGGAGACGCUGUGCGUGGUGUGCUCCGUCGACGCCGACUUCACGAGCAGCGUGGAGGCCAAGGUCUGCCCGCUCACCAUCGCGCUCUUCCUCAAGUACAGCAAUGACCCCGUGGUGGCGUCGCUGGCAGAGGACAUGUUCAAGGGGCUGUCUCGUAUCGAGGCGUGCCAGGCCCCGCUGCAGAUGCGCCUCAUCCCCACGCUCGUCAGCAUCAUGCAAGCGCCACCUGACAAAGUUCCCCAAGGGCUAUGCUCUGUGGCGCUGGACAUCCUGAGCGGGGUGGUGCGCAACACCAAGCCGCCGCUCUCCGAUCUGCUCAUGUGCCAGGCGUUCCCGGCCGUGGCACAGUGCACCCUGCGCACCGAGGACAACGCCGUCAUGCAGAGCGGCGGCGAGUGCCUGCGGGCCUACGUGAGCGUGGCGCUGGAGCAGGUGGGCGGCUGGCGCGACGACGCGGGCCGCUCGGGCCUGUGGUACGUGCUGCAGGCCGUGACGCGCCUGCUCGACCCGCGCUCCUCCGAAUUCACCGCCACCUUCGUGGGGCGCCUCGUGUCCACCCUGGUGGGGCGCCUCGGCACGCAGCUGGGCGACAGCCUCGACCUCAUGCUGCGCGCUGUGCUGAGCAAGAUGCAGCAGGCUGAGACGCUCAGUGUCAUGCAGUCUCUCAUCAUGGUGUUUGCGCACCUGGUGCACUCGCAGUUGGACGCGCUGCUCGAGUUCCUCUCCAGCCUGCCGGGCCCCACGGGGAAACCCGCGCUCGAGUUUGUCAUGAGCGAGUGGACCAGCCGCCAGCACCUCUUCUACGGCCAGUACGAGGGCAAAGUCAGCGCAAUGGCGCUCUGCAAGUUGCUGCAGCACGGCGUGGCGACACACGAUACGCGGCUGCAGGACCUGACGGUGCGCGGAGAGCAGAUCUUCUCGACAUCCAACGCCGUGCAGACUCGCAGCAAGACCGCCCAGACGCCGGAGCGAUGGACGGUGAUCCCCCUGCUCGUCAAGAUUUACAAGCUAAUUAUCAACGACCUGUCGGUCAUCAUGGAGAGCAAUGCUUCGCGACAGGCGUCAGCCGGCGGGGAGGAGCUGGACGACACGUGGGACGAGCUGGACGACGACGACGAUGAGAAUAACGUGGACGACGAUGACGAGGAUGAGGACGCGGGAGGCCAAACGCUGUCGGAGCUGCUGGGGAUGGGCGCCGGCGCCCGAUACGACGACGAUUUCUACGAAGACGACGAGGAGGAGGACCCGGACGCGGUGAUGGAUCCACUCUACCAGGUGGACCUGCAGGCCUACCUCACCGAGUUCCUGCAGCACUUCUCGCAGCAGCCGUGCUUCCCCGUGUUCCGCGAUCACCUGAGCGAGGUGGAGAGACGCGUCCUCCAGUCGUCCGGCAUCGCCAUGUGACGGCCACAACCUCGCCGGGCCGCCCCCCCCACCUCCCUCCACCACCGGGCCCCCCCCCACCUCCCUCCACCACCGGGUCCCCCCCCCCCACCUCCCUCCACCACCGGGCCCCCCUCCCCACCGCUGGGGCCUGUCGCUGAGCCACGCUGGUCCGGAACGGGUCGGGUCGGGACGGGUCGGGUCAGCUCAGGUCAUCCCACAUUGGGUUGGGCUGAGCUCGUCAAAAUUCCAGGCUGGCUUCCCCCAGUCAAAUCGUACGCUCACCGGCUUGGCCUGUGUUGGGCCCGGAUUGGACCAGUUUGGACCGGUUUGGGUAGAACCGCACCGGUGCUCUGUCAGACCACUCGGUCGCAAGUCGUAUAGAACGACUGGCGACCGAGUGAAUGGGGCCUGCCCCCCCCCCGUGUGUGUGUGUCUGUGAGCUGACUGGACACACCUGUGUGAGUGAGCUGACUUCACUCAUCCUGUGCGAGUGAGUUGACUUCACCUGUGUGAGUGAACUGACUUCACUCACCUGUGUGAGUGAGCUGACUUCACUCACCUGUGCGAGUGAGCUGACUUCACUCACCUGUGUGAGCGAGCUCACUUCACUCACCUGUGUGAGUGAGUUGACUUCACUCACCUGUGUGAGUGAGUUGACUUCACUCACCUGUGCGAGUGAGUUGACUUCACUCACCUGUGCGAGUGAGCUGACUUCACUCACCUGUGUGAGUGAUAUGACUUCACUCACCUGUGUGAGUGAUAUGACUUCACCUGUGUGAGUGAGCUGACUUCACUCACCUGUGUGAGUGAACUGACUUCACUCACCUGUGUGAGUGAGCUGACUUCACUCACCUGUGCGAGUGAGCUGACUUCACUCACCUGUGUGAGUGAGCUGACUUCACUCACCUGUGUGAGUGAGCUGACUUCACUCACCUGUGUGAGUGAGCUGACUUCACUCACCUGUGCGAGUGAGCUGACUUCACUCACCUGUGUGAGUGAGCUGACUUCACUCACCUGUGUGAGUGAACUGACUUCACUCACCUGUGUGAGCGAGCUCACUUCACUCACCUGUGUGAGUCAGCUGACUUCACCUGUGUGAGCGAGCUGACUUCACUCACCUGUGUGAGUCAGCUGACUUCACCUGUGUGAGUGAGCUGACUUCACUCACCUAAGCGAGCGAGCGUACGGAUUCGAGAGCGUGGUAGAGAACGACUCUGGUGGGGAGGCGAAGUCUCACCGCCACAUCUCGGGAGAUCGCCGGCGGCACCCUCUUGCCGGCUCCUCCUCGUCCCAACCGCUCGCAAGCCCCCCCCCCCCCCCGGGACUCCACCGCCAGUUCACCCACCCGCCUCCCCCGCCCCCCCCCGCGGCCAGGGGUGCGAGCCCGGAGCGUUGGGGGGGUGGACGGGGGGUGCGUCCGGUCGGUCGGGCAAAGUCGCUCGCGGCUGGCGCCGAGUGCCAAGUCGCCUUCUCGGCGGAUGAUGGGGGGGGGGGGGGAAGGCCCCCCGCGGUGGUGUGGCCGACGCACGGAUGCAAGGGGAGAUCGACCAGCGAGCACCCUCCCCCCCCCCUACGUAAGUUUACGCGUAUUUUUGUACGUCCCUUUUGCGAGCAUUUGCGAUGUCCCGUGCCCCCCCCCCCCUACCCCCAGGGAAGGGGGUGUGGGUGCCCUGCGAAUGAACGUGAUCCAUGAAUAAACAAAUUAAAGUCGUGCUUUUGUAAA